AAUCAUCUGUCAACAUUGAUUCUUGCAAAGCACACGACGUAAAUUUUAGCAUUCAACUUCAAACGAAAACUACUAGAAUACUAGCGAAUAUUUCAGUAUUCCAUCAUUACAAUAACUAUGAGCGACGAUUAUCUGAGUAAACCGCUUGCUUUCGGCAACCCUUCAUCUGUACUUCCGUCCCAAUCGAUUCAACCACUGUCACCUUAUUUGAACUAUGAUGCACGUUAUUUACAAUCCCAGCCGGAAUUUAUAUUCCCAGAAGGUGCCUCUAAGCAGCGAGGUCGAUUUGAAUUGGCUUUCUCACAAAUAGGUUCUUCGGCAAUGAUAGGUGCCGGGAUAGGCGGGAUGGCUGGCUUUUACAACGGAAUGCGAGCUACCUCCCUGGCCAACCAGACCGGAAAGCUUAGAAGAACUCAAUUACUGAAUCAUGUCAUGAAACAAGGAGCUGCAACGGCGAAUACACUCGGAACGGUAGCUGUCAUGUAUUCAGCUUUCGGCGUAUUGCUGCAGUGGGUUCGUGGUGAGGAUGACGGGAUCAACACGAUAGCAGCAGGUGGAGCGACUGGUCUUCUCUACAAAUCCACAGCCGGGUUACGAAAGUGUGCCAUCGGCGGUGGAAUCGGUCUGGCGUUGAGUUCUAUCUACGUUCUUUGGACCGUUACCGGGGGGAGUUCGAAAAAACUGAACGAAUUGCGUUCGCAGUACUUGUAAAUUGUGAUAAGCUUAUGUUAGGGAAAUGACCUUAGGAACUACACAAACCCAUAGAAUUGUUAUGUUAACUCGAAAAGUAACGCCAAAUGCUGACGAAACAUAUUUUUCUCAUCCUCAGUGUUUUGUCCAGCGGAUAGGCGGAAUGGAAACAAGUGUUUCGUUGCGGUAGGAUUAAUCAUGUACGUAAAGGGCACUUGUUGACUGUGAUUAUCAUAUUUUGAUACUUUUUCGUUACCCAAAAUAAAGAAAGUACCAAAUGCGUGCGAUGAAAUGAAUAAAUUGUACCUAUAAAUAGUA